AUGGCCGACCUAUCAACCUGUCUCCCGUUAACGCGAGCUUCAGUCGUCGAGGCUCACAAGAUCGUCAAACCUCACGUUCACUACACUCCCGUCCUCACCAACAAGACCCUCACGAACCUGGCCUCCACCCCCCGAAGCCCAGAAGACCUCAAGGGUACGAAAUGGGAGGGCCGCACGCCGGCGAAGCCCGUUCUGAGGUUGUGGUUCAAGUGCGAGAACCUGCAGCGUAUCGGCGCCUUCAAGGUCCGCGGUGCCUUUCACGCCGUUGAGAGGCUGAAGCAGGAGCCCGGGUGGCUUGAGAAUGGCGGCAAGGAGAAGGGUGUGGUCACGCACAGCUCCGGAAACCAUGCUCAAGCACUCGCCCUCGCGGCCAGGGAAGCGGGCAUCCCCGCCCACAUCGUCAUGCCCGAUAUCUCCCCGGCCAACAAGAUCGCCGGUACGCGCGGCUACGGCGCCAACGUCAUCUUUAGCGGUAGCACCAGCGUAGAGCGCGAGGCGAUGGCCGACCGCGUCAUCGCCGACACCGGCGCCCGCCUCGUCCCGCCCUACGACCACCCGGACAUCAUGCUCGGGCAGGGCACCCUCGGCCUCGAGCUGCAGGAGCAGGUGCGCGACCUCAUCGCCGCGGGCCACUCGUCCGAGAACACGACCUUCAACUCCACCGGCCAGCCGCACUCUUCCGGUGGCAAGGGUCUGGACGCCGUCAUCACGCCGUGCGGUGGCGGCGGCAUGCUGUCGGGCGUGGCGCUGAGCUGCGAGGGCACCGGGAUCCGGGUGUUCGGGUCGGAGCCGGAGUUCCAGGGCGCUGAUGAUGGCAAGCGCGGGUUCGAGGCCGGCAAGAGGGUCGAGAGCGUCAAGAGCUUGACGAUUGCCGACGGCCUGAGGACGCCUGUGGGCAAGUUCCCGUGGAGCGUCAUCUACGAGCGCAGGCUGGUGGAGAACAUGUAUAAUGUGUCCGAGGAGGAAAUCAAGGCUGCCGUGAAGCUGGUGUUUGAGAGGUUCAAGCUCGUCAUUGAGCCGAGCGGUGCUGUGCCGCUCGCGGUUGCGCUCUUUAACGAGGAUUUCAGGAGCAUGGUUGAGAAGGAGGCUGGUGAGGAAGGAUGGGACUUGGGGUUGGUGUUUAGUGGUGGUAACAUGGCGAUGGAGGGUUUGAUGAAGAUCUUUGCAUCGUGA